ACGAAUCAGUAGUAUCGAAUCGAUGUAUAGCAUUGAUCUCAAAUGAGUGACGAGGUUGUAAGACGGCCAAAGCUCCUAUAACACCCAUCGCUCCAAGAACACCGGCUGUUACCCUGAAAAUGAUGGAGACUACGCCAUCCUUGUCGUUCUCGUCCUUGCCGUUGUCUGACGUUUUGUUUCCCUUUGCUGAUGGGGGGCUAGAAGGGGAAGAGGAACGAGUGAGGAAGGAGGUCGACGAUGCGGACGACGUUGCUGAUCCCGUUGUCGAAGAGGACGAGGACGCCAUGGCCCUCGAUUUGAAUCAAUCAAUACCAGUGAUGUAUUUGAUGGGCAGGGACCACGUCUAUCUUUGGAUCAAUAGCGAAGCCCACGAGUUCGGAUUGUACUACACUUCAGCCUAUCGCGUUCCCGGUCCUGCCCAUGUGCAGGGCUCUUCGAAGUAUGACUGCUUGAUGCUGUGGUUUCUGGCGAAAGAGCUGCGGAGAAAAAGGUCACGCCCAGUGAAUCUGGGAGAAGCUGAACGCUUGAGGGAGAAAAGGAUAGCCGAGAAUACCGAUCAUAAACCAACGAGAACGAUAUUGGUCGCUCGUCUACCAGAUGUCCACUGCACGCCUUAUGGGCGCGCACAUAUCAAUGCACAAAUGUUGAAAGCCGACUAGUUGCACUCACUCUAUCGCGCGAGCUCGAAGCUGCAAGAAGCAUUCAGCGUCGUAGACGGGAUGGUCUUCUGCAAGCGAUCAACCCUACAUGCAAUUCGAAUCCC